AUGAUCACGCAGGAGCUCGGUGAUCGCUUCAGGCUGGUCGCGCACGUGGUCUUCACUGUUGUCGAUAACGAAUUGUAUUUCGACAGUUCCGAGGUCCUUGAGCGAUUAGCUGCCGAUAUUGACGGAGAAGCGGUCAAAGACUGCAGCGUCGGUGCCGGUGGAGACUAG